AUGUAUCUGCUAACGAGUGAUUUCAUGUGUAACAUGGCUGCAUGGGAGUGUCAAGUCAAUCAAACACAGCCAACGGCUGAGGUGAUACAACGGUCAGCCUCGUUCACCCGCCUUACCACUCUGGGAGAAGCUAGCGCUGAUAGUUCUUACUGUGAGAGAUGGAUCUGCUGGAACGUGCAGCCGGUGCCUGUCAAUGUCAAGCUCGAGGGACGAUCCGAGCCCCGCCGUCAAGGCCAUCACGCCAGCGACCAGGCGACCGGGGUGAGGGACCUGGACCUGGACCAGAACCUGGAGCUCAUGGAAAAGGUGUACAAUAGUAUCCAUCAAUCUCUUAUUGGUCGACAAAAGGUCGGCUGUCAACUCGAAACUCGCCACCCAAACCCUCGUAAAACGCUGAACUUUCGUAGAUGCCGUGUAAGCAUACCAUGCACCGCCGAAAUCCAGAAAUCCGGGGACAGCCCAUGCUGUGCCAGUCAGGGCCAAGAGAAAACGAGCAACGAAGUUUGUAACCAGCAACGGGGGGCCGGACAAAGCCAAUCAGUAUACAGGAUCUGCGAUCUUGCUCACAAGUUUGCUCCAAUCAGCAAGGCAGGGGCAUUGUGCCCCGGUCGAAGCUCCGGUUUCUCCCUGUGGAAAUAA